GGGAAAGAGUCCUGGGUUCCAGGACGGAAAUGGGCAUUCCCCCGUAACUCAAGAGACUCCAAGCCCAGAGAACGGCCACACCGAGUUAUUACCCUCCAGCCGACUGACCCGCCGACUCCUCAGCGAUUACUGGUGCGGGAUCCCAACAGUUCAGAAGGCAGCGCGGGAGGGGGUAACCUCACAGGCCAACCUUUUCCCCGCCCUCUGAGGCCUCCGAUUGGUCCCGGGGUGGACUUGGGACGCCGGGACGUGUUCGCGUCACUUCCGCCAGGGUCCGCCAUCUUGUUCCCAGGGGCAGUUGGCGGAAGAGAUCGUGCUCCCCAGUCGCCUGCUUGUCUUGUUCCGGGAGUUGCUCUGGCCCGCGUCCCAGUUCCCAGCUUCUGCGUGGGGUUCCCUCCUCCAGUCCUCCCUCAUCCCGCCUUGCCUGGGGCGGAACAGCGAGGGGGCCCCCCGCUCCUGCCGUCAGCGUUCCAUGGAGUAGGAUCCAGGACCGUUGUGCCGAGCGAGAGCGAGAGGCCGAGCUUCGCCGCGCCCCCACCCCCUACUCCCCCUCCCUUCCUGCUGCUCCUUCCUGCCCUCCCCCCCGCCUUCCGCCGCAACAUGGCGAACAACAGCCCGGCGCUGACAGGCAGCAACUCGCAGCCGCCGCCGCAGCACCAGGCGGCCGCCGCCGCGGCCCAGCAGCAGCAGCAGCAGUGCGGCGGCGGCGGCGCCAUUAAGCCCGCCGCCUCGGGCAAGCAGGGGAACGUGCUGCCGCUGUGGGGCAACGAGAAGACCAUGAACCUGAACCCUAUGAUCCUGACCAACAUCCUGUCGUCGCCGUACUUCAAGGUGCAGCUCUACGAGCUCAAGACCUACCACGAGGUGGUGGACGAGAUCUACUUCAAGGUCACACAUGUUGAGCCGUGGGAAAAAGGAAGCAGAAAAACAGCAGGCCAGACAGGGAUGUGCGGAGGGGUUCGAGGUGUUGGAACAGGAGGAAUUGUUUCUACAGCUUUUUGCCUGUUAUACAAGUUAUUUACUUUGAAACUGACUCGCAAGCAAGUGAUGGGUCUCAUAACACAUACAGAUUCUCCAUAUAUUAGGGCCCUUGGAUUUAUGUAUAUAAGGUACACACAGCCCCCAACAGAUCUCUGGGACUGGUUUGAAUCCUUCCUUGAUGAUGAAGAGGACCUGGAUGUGAAGGCUGGCGGAGGCUGUGUAAUGACCAUUGGGGAAAUGCUUCGUUCUUUUCUUACCAAAUUAGAGUGGUUUUCUACCUUAUUUCCAAGAAUUCCUGUUCCAGUUCAGAAAAAUAUUGAUCAACAAAUUAAAACAAGACCUAGAAAAAUCAAGAAGGAUGGGAAGGAAGGAAUUGAAGAAAUAGACCGGCAUACUGAACGUAGACGUUCAAGGUCACCAAGAAGGUCAUUGAGCCCAAGAAGAUCCCCAAGAAGAUCCAGAAGUAGAAGCCAUCAUCGAGAAGGUCACGGUUCUUCGAGUUUCGACAGAGAAUUAGAAAGAGAGAAGGAACGGCAGCGACUAGAACGUGAGGCCAAGGAGAGGGAAAAAGAAAGGCGAAGAUCCCGAAGCAUUGAUCGUGGGCUCGAGCGCAGGCGGAGCAGGAGCAGGGAGAGGCACAGGAGUCGGAGUCGGAGUCGUGACAGAAAGGGAGAUAGGAGGGACAGAGAUCGUGAAAAAGAGAAUGAGAGAGGCCGGAGAAGAGACCGUGAUUAUGACAAAGAAAGAGGCAGUGAAAGAGAAAAAGAGAGGGAGAGGUCUAGAGAGCGGAGAAGUAGGAGUGAGGUAGAAGAGAAGAAGCAUAAAGAGGACAAAGAUGAAAAGAAGCACAGGGAUGACAAAAAAGAUUCCAAAAAAGAGAAAAAACAUAGUAGAAGUAGAAGCAGGGAAAGAAAACAUCGAAGUAGAAGCCGAAGUAGAAAUACAGGAAAGCGCAGUCGAAGCCGGAGCAAAGAAAAGGCAAGUAAACAUAAAAAUGAGAGUAAAGAAAAAUCAAAUAAACGAAGCAGGAGUGGCAGUCGAGGAAGAACUGGCAGUGUUGAAAAGUCAAGAAAACGGGAACACAGUCCCAGCAAAGAAAAAUCCCGAAAACGUAGCAGAAGCAAAGAGCGUUCUCACAAACGAGAGCACAGUGAUAGCAAGGACCAGUCUGACAAAAACGAUCGCCGGAGGAGCCAGAGUACAGAGCGCGAGAGCCAAGAAAAGCAGCAUAAAAGCAAAGAUGAGACUGUGUGAAGUUUUUUGUUUUUUCUUUUCUUUUCUGGUUUAUUUUGUAAAAGUGGAUCACAUUGAAUCCUAUAAAUGUUUGAUUAAAUCCUG